AUGCUCCACCACACACCCUCAGACAUCUGCUGGACAGUAGCAGCUUCCGCCUCUCAGGCCUCCGAUGCAGAAGCCAUUAUCGCCGUCACGCAAGGAUUCCUCGCCGCGCUCAGCGCCAAAUCGCGCAUCGACUUCGAAAAGCAUUGUAUUCGCGCCGGGGGUAUGACCCUUUCCCCUCCCUCCCCCACCAUGCUGCGCUUUUGUACGAUCGGAUCGUUCAUUGAGUACAUGACGACUCUGAAGGACGACAUCGACGAGCGGAUCUGGGAUCCUGAAGUCAAGAUACACGAGGCCGGGAAUCUCGCAGCCGUAUGGGCGCCGUUCCGGGCGAAAAUCAAUGGGGUCGUCGACCAUGUGGGUGUUGAACUAUUCGUCUUGCACAAACUGAAUGGCGAGUGGAAAGUGACUGGUUUGGCAGAUUCCUGUCGACGGCCAACGGAGGAAGAGAUGGGGAUGGACUAA